ACACGAAUUGUUGACUUGAACAGUUCUCUUUUAUUUUGCCUACAUCACUCCAAUACAUGGCGACCCUUAGCCAGCAGUUAAAAUUUUGCAACAUGUGUAAAAUACGAAAGUAGCUGAAUAAAUAUGAAGAAAUACAAUUACGAAGAAUAGAAGUUUGUGGCGACGAGAAAUAAGAAAGGCAAGAUUUUCAAACUACAGAAGAUUUUCAAGCUACAGAAGAUUUUCAAGCUACAGAAGAUUUUCGACUACAGAAAAAAAAAAAACUCUCACAGAAGAUUUGGACGAAGCGAUGAAAACAAUACAAGAAGACAGAAAAGGGUGUAGCUGCCGGGAGCCGGGAGAAUGCUCAAGCCUUAUGAUGAGAGGAUAUGCAGGGCGCCGGGAGAUAAAUUGUACGGGUCCAGUGAGGAGCAGCUGGGAGUCAGUUCGAGUCCAAUGCUGAGGAGUUUAUUCACCCGCGCUACGUGAGACGUCAUGACCUGCAUAUACGUUGACAGUAAAUACGUGCCUACUGCAAUGUAAGUUUUUCUCCACUUUUGUAUUUUUUUUUUGCGUUAUUUGUAUAAAGCGCUGUUUUAAAAUGUUAUUAUUAAGGUCAUGCAUAAGUACUUUAUAUUCAGUUUGAGGAAAUUAUGUCACAACAAUUGCGAGAUUUACAUGCUAAGUUAAAAUAUUUAAGAGAAUAUGUAAUAAAACUUGGUCCAAAUGGACGUACAGGAAAUUUAGGUUUUAAGAAACUAGAAGAAGCUGAAAAAGAAUAUAGUAAAUUGGAGUGUAUUUUGACUCAACUGAAUCAAGAAGUUAAAGAUCAGAAGCUAGAUAAAGAAUCUUGUGACAUUUGCCAAAUAUUGAUUGAUGAGAUACGACAUAAUUUUACGAAAAUAAAGAGCUUAUUUUCUUUGAGAGAUAGUAGUAGUCAAACUAAUGAUAGAGAUUUGAUAGAAUAUUCUAUCUGUGUUACAAAAAUGUCAGACUCAUUUGAUAUUAAAACUGCAAUUUCCCUGUUGCCGGUAAUGAAUGGCCAGGAGCAGGUGACAAACCAACUUAUCGAUGGUAUUCUUCUUUAUAGUUCGCUCAUCAAUGACGACAGUAGAAGUAAAUUAAUAGACUUCGUAUUAAAAACACGUCUCUCUCCUAGUGCAAAACUGCGCCUUAAAACUACGUAUGCUGACAUUGAAAGUUUGGUAGGAGAUAUUCGCUUUUAUUUGUUACCGAAAAAAUCGGCGGUAGCAUUACAAACCCAAUUAUUUAGAGCUACUCAAGGUCGCAGGACUAUAGAAAAAUUUGGAUCUGAGAUCGAGGAGUUGUUCGUAAAUUUGACGAUUGCUCAGGCUAACGAGAAGCGCGAUGCAUAUGAGGUAUUGCGUCCUCUCAAUGAAAGGACUGCAAUUAAAAGGUUUAGCGAUGGUUUGACCGACAAACGGCUCAGCACUAUCAUUGCCUCGCGACAGUUUGCGUCCUUAUCUGAAGCUAUUACAGCUGCAGUAGACGAGCAGUCUAUAUCUCUCCACCCACAAGAGCAGGUUAUGCAAUUUAGAGCCAACCACAAUGUUAAACGCGGAAACAGCAGAGGAUUCCGAGGCCGAGGAGAUAGGCAUUUUUAUAACACCAAGAAUAAUUAUAAUCGUAAUUAUAAUUGUUAUGAAAAUAGCACAGGUCAAGGAACUUCACAUAGCGUAAAUCGCGGCAAACACUCAGGCGGUCAGCGCCAGCGUCAGCAUUUUCGCGGCCGUCCGAUGCGUUAUCAGCGUGUUCAGCAUAACACGCAAGAGUCCAAUGGCCAAGACAACUUGCGCAAUGAUGUCGCAAAUAAUAAUGACAAUUUAGAGUUUUUUCGUACCUAAACAGUGUACUCAUUCUAUUUUUAGUUAUAACAAUUUUUGUGUAGUUAAUUGUCAACUUAACGAUAGUAAUAUUGAUCUUAGUUUGUUAAUCGAUAGUGGGGCUAGCUUAUGUGUACUGAAGUAUGAAUGGUUGUCGCG